GCUCCACCGCCCUUUGCUUCCCUUCCGUCUCCCUUAUCACUCCUAUCAUCUCGUAAAUCUCUCUCAACAGUAACAUGCAUCUCUGUAGUCUAUAUCCACACAAGCUACAUUAUCAAAUUCUCCAAUUUUCCAAGCUGAAAUCGACCGCAUAAGCGCAGGCUAGUCGAAUCACUGAGCCACUUCAUUGACAACAGAGGCACAGAGCAGCCUCUCUCUCUCUAAAUCAAUUUGAGAUGCUGAUUCGUAACUUUGAAACUCUACUGCUCGAUAUCUUCUUUGUCUCGGGUGAAGCUCUAGCUAAGGCUAAGGUUUCGAAAGAUUCGUUUUUUGGUUCAAAAUCUGGAAUCAAUUUCAGGGGAACUGGUACAAACGGAUCCCAGCCUGGGUAAUUUCUGCAAAUUUUUACGCUUCCCUGAACUUUACUCUAUACUGUUGGGAUUAAAUUCUUCCACCGGCGUGGCGAAGGUGGGUUUUCCACCACUGCCAUUAUGGCCCUAUCGGGGGUCUAUUGUUGUUAUAAUCUGAACUUUCAUUUUGUAAGGCCCACAAAAUUUUAUAUCAUACACAAAAAAAAUCAGCUUGAAUUUUAUUUAUAAAAUGGACGGUACAAAUUGUCAAUACUUUUAAAGUUAAAUAAAUCGUCUAUAAUUAUUUUAUGAACAAAUUCAAAUUUUGAUAUACCCAUGGAUAUCUAAUCAAGCUAAGUUUUUGAAAUAAAUGUACUAUUCUGUGAAUUCUAUAAAAUGAACGGUUUAGAUGACCAAUAAACACAUGAUGGGGCUCAUAACGACGGUGUUGAGAACCAUGAUUUCCGUGGCGGUGAAAGGAAUUUAACCUCCUUGUAUGUUGCUCUACUAACAAAACAAAAACCUUUUAAGAACCUCUACUAAUGUUGAAGUUGAUGGACUGAGAGCAAGACAGCUAGUAAAAUGAAGUAUAUGGUUACUUCGUAGACUCUCAUAGCAAAAUAAUUCCUGAAGCUAUUAAAGUUUUGUUCGGUUCUUAAUUUGAAGGUUAAUGCUAAGGACAUGGAUAUCUGUGCACAAAUCCAUACAGAUGUUUUUGGAAUCGUUUAAUGUAUGUGGGUCCUACAUGUUAAAUGUAGAGCUUACACAUCAAACGAUUCCAACCAUAUUUGUGCUGAAUCUGUGUCUGCAGCAUUUUUUUAAUUAUGCAAGUUCAUUCGAGAAAAAAAAAUGUUAUCUUUAUAUGGUAAGAGAAAAAUAUUCAUCUUGAUGAAAAAGUUCAGUUGAUAAGUUUGAUGGAGAGUUUUGCCAGUACAAAUUUUGAGUCAGAGAGAGGCGUAACGUACAAGAUGCCAAACUGGGGAGUUGGAUUGGCAUCAGUUUUCUUUUUCUUUUUCUUUUUUUUGCAUGCAGAACCUCCAAACCAGUCCUCCAUUCGUCACACCACCAGCCUGCAACCCCCAACACGUGUGUUCACCACUUAAUUGCCAACCCAUUUCCCCCUUCUCACCACCCUCUUCUUAUCUCUUUUUCUUCUUCUUCUUCCUCUUUAUUUCUCUCAAAACAACUAAAAACCCAACAUUUAUCUCUUCAUAAUAUUUGUGGGUUUGAUCUUUCUGUUGUAAUGGAUUUGAUAAACUCUGCGCUGAAUUGGGUGGUACCGCCGGCAAGCAUGGUGAUGCUGGCCUUUGCAUGGCCGGCCUUGUCUUUCAUCAGUGUCUGUGAGUGGGUUUACAGCUCUUUGUUUAGUGAAGACAUGGAAGAUAAAGUGGUUAUUAUCACUGGAGCUUCUUCUGCCAUUGGGGAGCAAAUAGCCUAUGAAUAUGCCAAAAGGAAAGUCAAUCUCGUAUUGGUUGCUCGGAGAGAGACGAGGCUAUGGGGGAUUGGUGAGAAUGCAAGAUGUCUGGGUGCAAAGCAUGUCAUGAUAAUGGCUGCAGAUGUUGUCAAGGAAGAUGAUUGUAGGAGAUUCGUCAAUCAGACCAUCAACUUCUACGGGCGGGUGGAUCAUCUGGUAAACACAGCAAGUUUGGGGCAUACGUUCUACUUCGAGGAAGCUCCUGACACAUCCGUGUUUCCCGUUUUGAUGGACAUAAACUUUUGGGGAAAUGUUUAUCCUACCUAUGUUACUCUUCCUUACCUACGGCAAUACAAUGGCCGGAUCGUAGUUAACGCAUCGGUGGAGAGCUGGUUGCCCUUGCCAAGAAUGAGCAUAUACUCCGCAGCGAAGGCAGCUCUAAUAAACUUUUAUGAGACCCUGAGGUUUGAAAUUAGAGAGGAUGUUGGAAUAACACUUGCAACUCAUGGUUGGAUGGGGACUGAAAUGCACAGGGGCAAAUUAAUGGUAGAAGAAGGUGCAGAGAUGCAGUGGAAGGAAGAAAGAGAAGUACAUGCUGCCGACAGAAAAGUGGAGGCAUUUGCAAGGUUGAUUGUUUCCGGUGCUUGUCGAGGAGAUGCAUAUGUGAAGUACCCAAGUUGGUACGAUGUGUUCCUCCUUUACAGGGCAUUUGCGCCGAAUAUCCUAAAUUGGACAUUCCGCCUGCUUUUGUCAAACAAUGGGGCAAGAAGAACGUCCCUCGUCGGAACAGGAAGGCCUCUUCCAGAGAGUUCUCCUCCUAGGAAGCUUCUCACCAGUCCUUCUAACUUCUCUCAAGCCCCUCUUCAGCAGCAGCCGCUGCAGAUGCAGAGAAUGGAAUAGAAGUGUUACUGCACGUAUCACUUGAGUUUGAGUUUGCUUCGCACACAUGUUUCUGUUGUGUUGUGUUUUUAAUGCUGUUGUCAGAUUUUUGCGGAAAACAUUUCAAACGGAUUGAUUUUAUUGUGUGGUGAAUAGUGAAUAAGCCUUUGGUUGGUCUCUCUGAUGUCUGAAGGGAAGAGUUGGGAAUUGACAUUUUGAAUGAGGCAGAUGAAAGAAACUCUAAAAGAGGCUUUGGUAUUGGUACUGAUAGAGAAUUAACGUCAGAUGAUUUCCUGC